AUUAUUUUUUCUGGUAACACUGGAUGUUUUUUCUUUAUUUUGAUCAUGUCGGCGCUUGGUGUUUGUGCGCGAAGUUUUGUUUGUUUUUAUAAGUAUUCCACCUGUACCGUAUCAACAAUGCGAGCAUAACACAACUAUGAUAAUUACUGAGCUGAUGCGCCGUUCCAGCUAGCGCCAAGAUGCCAUAUUACUGCACAGUGCCGCGUUGUACAUCGAUGGCCGGCAAAGCCAAGAAUGUAUCGUUUCAUCAAUUUCCAAGAGACGAGGAGCUCGCCAAGCUAUGGAAUCGCAUACUGAAGAGAGGAAAGCCUUACACUAAGUACUCCAAAGUGUGCAGUUUGCAUUUCAAGCCGGAGGAUUACACUAUAACAAGCGUGGGAAAAAAUAAGGGACAGUGGAGAACUCUCCGGAAGGAUGCCAUCCCGUCGCAGAACCUUCCCUCGGAGUCCCCGGUGCCCUACACAAGGCAAUCCCCUGGAUGCUGGGUGCCCAGUCAACCUACACUUACAGAUCCUAUGGUGCAACAACAAAUGGCCCAAGCCAUAUACAUGCAGACGAUGCUGGCUAUGCAGGCCGCCGGCGCGUCCGACUCCCACGCUGCGAGCGAUCAACCAACUCCGUUGCCUGAAUCAACGAAUCCAAGCCCCUCGAGCAGUUCUCUCUCUGAGAUAGAACUCCUACUACGAAGAGAUGCAGAACAUCCUAAAGAGGUCACUUAUAAAUGCCACGAAUGCUCAAAAUGCUUUAAAGAUCCCGAUGUGUUCAUACUCCACAAAAGGACCCAUAAGAACACCACACAACUAGAAAAAGAAAACUAUAGCACUAAUAUUCAAGACCGAGAAGAAACACUAAGAGCUAAUCCGAUUUUAGCUAAUCUGCUAAAGUCUAGUAUGAGACUUGAACCAGAAUCGAAUAUGUCAAAUAUAUUGACAGUUGAGAACCAGAUCAUGGCAGCGUUAGCUUCUAAUAUGGAGGCGUAUAUAAGGACAUUAUCAUCUAUGUUAACAAGUCAAGGCAAUAGAGAAGCAGAUGAAAAUAAUGAUGAUAACGAAGAUGGUUCUGAUUGUGAAAAUGAGACAAAAGAGGAAAAUAAAGAAUGUGAAGAUACGGAUGAAGAAAGUAUGUGCAUAGAUACGAAUGAAGAUGAAAAGCCAAUGGAUGAAAAUGAUGUAAAAGAUGAAAAUGUACAUGACAGAUUUAAAGUUCAAGUCACGGCGUGUGUAAGUCGAAUAGAAACGCCUGUAGAUGAAAAUCACGUCUUUUCUAAUGUCAAUGGUGAUGAUUCAAUGAAAGAUGAAAACCAAAGUGAUGAUAAAAUUAUGAAUGAUAAUGAAUCUAUAAAAGAAAUACACGAGGCUUCGAAUCAUGGAAACGAUGAGAUGGAAAGUACUGAAAAAAUACACGAAACUUUAAAUAAUCAUGAAAAUUGUACAGAAAGUAAUGACAGAAUUGAGUCUGAAAAAGAUGAGAGUAUUGAAACGCAGACUGAAGCAGCAGUUCAUAAAUGUAAUGAGAAUUCAAAUGAAACAAAAAUGCUUGAUGAUGAAACAAGCAUAGAAGAAAACAAAGAAACCAUAGUGGAUGAAAAUCACGUGAAUACAGAUGAUAACAUAGUUGAUGAUACAGCAAGAGAAUCUGAUGAUGAAAACAUGAGAACAGAUAAUACGGCAAAUAAUGGAAAUAAGGAGGCUUUUAUAGAUGAUCACAAGCCAAAUGAUGAAAUAAAUGACAAUGACAGACAAGAAAUGUUCAAUGAUGAUGGUAAGUUAGAUCAGGCUAAUCCUGAAUGUGAUAGUGAUGUAGUUACAGAGUUAAUUAGAAUAGAAUUAGAAACUUGAGGUUAUGAAUUAAAUCUUUUUACUUGUAUAAAUGACAACAUUAACCAUUUUGGUCACUUAACAAGCAGGCAAAGUAUACCAACAGCCGUAUUCGAACAGUGAGAUACGUCAAAUACUAGAUAUUGAAAUUAUAUGGAUCAGUGACGAGACGAGAAAAUUGACGUUUCUUCAAACAAAAACGUCACUUUUGACACUUGUUUGACACUGACAUAUCCAAUCCAUAA